ACUUCUCUCGAAAGAAUCACCGUCCUGUUUGGGGUGUGACAGUUCGGCGAACGCCGUCCCAGGCAUGCUGACUUAAGCACGGACGGUCUCUUGUCGGUUGCCAGAUGCGCUCGGAAAGUGAGUAUAGCGUUUGCAAUGCUGACGUGCCCGUCCCCCAGAUCCCAUUGCUUGCUGCCAAGCACGUCGCGGAGCAUGUGCUUGCCUCCAUCAUCGACGACACAGUGCUCCAGCGCCCACAGCCCAACCCCUUCAGCUCACUCGUCACUCUCUCGAACGGUUCCAGCUCGGGUGCAGACCCGAGCACCCCUGAUGCACUAGCACCGGACGGCGGACUCAACAACACCAGCUCUCUUGCCGUCGUCUUUGGUGUGUCAGCUUUCGUCGUUCUCAUCGGAACAUAUCCCUGGUGGAGAUCCUGCAUUGCGCAGGCCUUCCUCAGCAACGGUGACAAAAGAGGCAUCAACAACGUCCCUAGCUUCGUGAAGAUGAACACUGUCAACACUUCUGGAUCACGUCCCAUCUCAGAUGGUGACGAGGCAUUCUGGAGCGCUGAAGCCGGUACUCAUGACCAAACACCAAGCAUGUCUCAGCCCAGCAAAACUCAAGGCAGCCCUCGGAGCAGCAGUCUAUCAGUCUCCUCUGACGAGCAGUCCCUUCCCUUCCCACUGCGAUUCAGGCAGGAUGGAGGGCCAUCAGUUCAAUACCUCCGCAUCUACAGCAUGACUGCAAAAGUGCUGAAGCAGCACUGCAUCGAGUUCAACCUCUCUCAGACAGGCAACAAGACCGUGCUAGUCGAACGACUGGAGGCAUUCAGCCACAAUCCUGACUCAUGGAACAGCGCCCACCCAGGUGCCCACAGGUCUCAUAAGGGACCUCGAGUGAAGAGGCCCACGGACAAGCCUAGGACAAGCCGUACCAAAAAGUCUACACAGCGUCGUGCACAACUCGUUCCAGGCGCCAACACUAUCAACGGAACCACGACCAUCACUGAUCGAUCAAAAGAUGCACGCACCUCAGCCGAGGUUGCCGCACUGCUGCCGUGGGCCAAGAUGAUCUGCAUGGAGUAUCCAUACCAGACAACAGACGGCAUGGCUCCAGUUGCCGAUGCUGAACCUAGUCAUUAUCCUAUGGGUGGGAUGCCUACUGGUACAAGUGCGCACUCUGCCAGCUACAUCAAUGAGUUGCAGGACACCAUCAUCCAAAAUGCAAGCACGAGGCUUAUCAGCCUCGUGCAAGAUGCCCUCCUUCAACCGGGUGCUGCUGCAUCCCCGCAUAUACUAGGUGCCGAGGAACACAGGGCAGUAGCUCCUCGCUCCACUGAUGCCAUCACGUCAGGACACAGCAUGGUGAGAGAAGCCCCAACACCAGCGAAGCCCGACACAAACAAGGCUCGAGUGCUCAAGCUCGGAGAUGGCACUACGCUACAACUGGAUGACGGCGAUAUUCCUGAUCCCCCUGCCAUCAGCUUCGCAAAUGAUAUCUCAAGCCUCAACGAGAUGUGGGAUGACCACACUGAGCACUGGCGGGGUAUAUCAAUCAUUGUCAUCCAGGGCCACCCAAUUGCAAUCGAGCACUGGCCUGUACUCUAUCGCUACGGCAGAGACCAGCAGUGGAAGGGGACGAAGAAUAAGUGGACAGACUGGCGUGACAUCGUCGAGUGCUAUCGUCAGAGCAGCCCAGAGGAGUUCUGGGCCAAAUUCAGUGUUGAUGGAGAACAUGCGACCUUUACCACUAUCGUUCAGAAGCUGCGUGAUGCACGCAAGGCGGCCCACUCCCGCAUCGUGCAACAGGCACAUGAGGAGUUUGGUCCUGCAUUCGAUGCUCAUUUUACUUACCGGAGGGGAGGCAGAGAUCCAAGCCCUGACAACAAAGUUUUCUAUCAACCUAUGGCUGCGACGGUUGACUCCAUGCAAUGUUUUCCUGGUUUAUGCGGGGUGCUUUCAGGGUCUGCUACUGGCCUCGAGAUAGAUGAAAUUGAAGAGGAUGUUGCAGCGGAACAAGAAACUAUAAUUGAGCCCGGCGCUGGUCUGAAAACGGCGAAUACUGGGUCAAUUGAUACUCCUGAUUUUGUUAAAUUGCAGAUGACGCUCAUGGAGGCUUCCAAGGGUGUCACAGAUGGCACGGAUGCUGAAUACAAAAGGUGGAUGCUUUUCAGCAACUCACCUGACGGGUCACUUAUGCUCUUUGCAGGAUCCGCCUUCUGGGGCCGGAUGAGGAAUUCUUCAGCAAGAGACCACGGGCUGAUGCUCCUUUGCUGCGACUCCAUUAAUCUUGACGGCACCACAAAGCUGUGUUCCCAGGAACGGGGGACAUAUGGACAUGCUCAGAAAAUGCGAGCCUCAAUGACCUAUGGCUUCGGUAAGCUGAAGGGUCUCGGAAACAUGCCAUGGCAUGAAUCCGAUGUUGGUGCCACCAUGGUUGGCAACCCCUCAAUCUCGGUUGAAGUUUCAUCUUUCAUGUGUUCGCUGCGGAGACGCAAGGUUCAAGCUGGUGAAGUUGCAAACAGUGCUCGUGCUAUAACAUCGGUGAGUCACGUUGAAUAUUUUAAUAUUUCACUGGUGAAAAUUUUACAACUCCUGCAGGAGAUAUUACUCAAAUUGUACCACCACAACCGCCUUCCUGAGAACUGGACUGUCCAGCCGUAUCAACCUGGCGAGCGAAAACCUGCAGGAGGCUCUCGUACUUCUGACAGCCUGGACAACUGGGGUGGUGGGCGGGUCCGAAGGCUUCUGCAUGCUGCAUAUACAGUGGCAUUCUUAUGUAUGUUGCGGUUUGAUGAGGUCCUCAAGAUACAGGUUCAUGAUCUUCGUGUGGCAAACAAUCAGGUUGUGUUGUACCUCCCCUUUCGCAAGACCCACCAAAAUGGAGAUAUUAAACCCUUUCAUCUCUGGACCCUCUCAUCUAAUGAAGCCCAUCUCUGUCCUACGAGAGCACUUGCCGCUUGGUUUGAUGAGUCCCAGAUAACGACGGGCUAUGUUUUCCGAAAAAUGGCAUCUGGUGACCGGAUAGCAGUGGCAAAUAACCCUAUGUCUUCAGAACAGUUCUUAGAGCUGUUUCGAAACAACCUUCUCGACAUAAAUAUUGACCCUGCUCCUUAUGGCACUCACUCGUUUCGUCGGGGGGGCUGCCAAUAUUUGCAUAUAGAAAGGCGGUGGCCCUUGAGAAGGAUUUGUGAGUGGGGCGGGUGGAGCACUGAAUUCACCAACAUGACAAUAGUCAAGUAUCUUAUCUCCUCGAAUGAUGACCCUGCAGAGCCAAGGGACCAUUUUUUCAACCCCAACCAGCGCCCAGCUGUCAAGUGUCCGCAGUGUGGCCGAUGCUGCUUAUGUGCUUGAUUGCAGUAGGGCAAAGGGUAUGAACCUUGACAUCACAAUAGUAGCCUCGCUUCCUGUUGUACCCGAGACCAAACCAAUAGUAGUAGUUCAUAAUACAGACGAGGUUUGCUGGGCUUCCUGCCGCGAUGAAAAGGUACUGUCAGAGAGAUUCAGAGUGGAAUGCUUGACGCACGCAAUACUGAUGCUUUUAUCUCCAUCAGCCUCACCUAGUGCUGUCGCAUUGUCUCGAACUGAUUCUACAAAGACCAUACUCCAUGUCGCAUC